UCACCUUCUAAAAAUUCGCCUUGAUACUGUUUGGAGAAAAUUAAAGCAAAAUGCAUUAAAUUAUGGAAGGAAUUGUUGUCGGUAUUGCUCAAAUAAAUUUUCACCAAAAUUUAAGUGGAAUAGCGGACGAAAAUAGCUCACCCAAUUUUGCUAUGGAGUCCUCUACAAGCAUGACAGUUUCCGAAAAUUAUUUGCCCAAUACAGAGGAAUCACCAAAUGUCUGCGGCCAAGAUGUCGCAAGUGGUACUUCAAUUAGUUUAAGUGAGACAGAGACUAUUGGUGAUAGUGGUUGGGAGGAAAUUGAAGAAGAUGAAGAUAAAAGUACACGGAAUAAAAAAGGCUACACCUUAGCAGAGAGGCGACAAAUGCCAACACGAGCAUCUAAAGAAUCUUCUUUGUUAGGAAUAAAAAGACGAACAAUUAUGAAGCCUAGUAAACGUGUAAGGAACACUGAAGACUUUCAAAACUUAAAACCUGCCGAUAUAAAGAAAAUUUAUCUUAAUAAAAAACUAACUAAUUUUAAGCCCUCAAGUUUGGAGACAAUUUUCGAAGAGGCGUCUUCAACAGUUCAAAAUAAUGAACCAGAUUAUCUUCGUUUAAUGGGUGGUCGUAAGAUAAAGCGGUCACUCUCAUGUACAGAUGGUUUUAGAUACAGCAAGACCUUGGUGAAUAAACGGCGAGCCAAAAUAAAGAAAACUUUUGGCAAACGAUUCGCUCUGAAGAAAAUAUCUUUGGAAGAGUUUAUAACAAAACUAAAUGACAGCAUAGAGAAAAAUGAUGAUGUUUCAAAUCACAUUCAGGAGCAGCCGAAUGAGAAUAAAAGCAAUUUCAGCGAAACUGCCUCACAAUUUCCUUGUUCAGAAAUGUUUGUAUCAAAUAUUUCUGGUAAUAUAAAUGACGCAAUUAUGCCAAAAAACAUUCCAACAACCGAGUUGUCGACAGAAUUUACAACUAAUAUGUCUCUAUAGUAGAGAAAUGCACUAUUUUAUUAUAGUUACAAGACUGAUGUGAGUUUUUAUAAUGCAAACAAUGUAGUAGUACUAUAACUAUCUGACAAACACCUGCAAUUAAAAAUAUGUAUACACAACAUUUUGCCAACAUUUUCUUAAUAUGAAAAAAUCAGGUAUCUGAUGAAAAUCUAUCGAAUUCAAAUCUAUCGAUUUAAUAAGGUGUAAUGAAUUUCGAUCGAUUUCAAGAAUAAUUUUUUAAACAAUUGUGUACUUAUUUUAAAAUUAUCAACAUUGAAGUUUAAACAAUUUACAAAACGAAAAAAUAAAUACAUCACAUCUUUUUUCGUUUUCGAACACGAUUUCCAUCACAUAUCCGAAUAUGUUUUUAGUUUAAUUUCAAGUGUUGGCAAUUUCGUUAUCCUAUCUAAAUUUUGAAUAAAAUGUUUAUGUGUAAUUAAAAUCUAUGUUGUUAAAUUCAACCACGGUAUGACUAUUUUAGCAUUUUUAUAAAAUAAUUUUACAAAAUAUUUUUUGACUAUUUUUAUUGAAUCAAUUAAAUAUAAUACUAUAACAUUUUCCACUAUGACUCUCAAAUAGGGGGAUUGUAUAAUAAUUUCAACAUACUUAAAAAGAAAUAAAUAUGAAUGUUUCAAAAUGUCGAUUAUGGAUGGCAACCGAACUUUAGUUACGUUAUCAGAUAUCAGCACCGAAUUUCUGGUUGCCAAUUUGGAAAGAGAAAAUGAUUGCUGCCAGUUGUCAUCUGUAAUACCAUUUUGGAAACUGAAAACGCAGCUAUAGUUUGGUUUUCAUCCAUAAUAGACUCAUAAGGUUUAAUUUAUUCAAUCAUUCUGUUAUUUUACUGUAUACUAUCUAAUAAUAUGGGAAAUGCUACGACCACUAUUCUAAUCCCACCAUUUUUAUUCCAUCUUCAUAUAAUAGUAAUAAUAUUCUCAUUGUUUUAUAUGUUAGGGACCACGAUCCCGCCUGUUUUCAGCCAACUACGUACAAUGAUAUAAAAAAGGAUGCAUACUAAGUUUAAUAGUUCUAAUAAUUUGUAUGGUCCACGCCCAUUGUACCAACUGGGUCCAUUUAUAAACGCAAAGUUUAAAUACUUUCAACAUUAUCGUUCUCCAGAUAAUUGAAAAUGACUAAUAUAUGUAUAUGGGAGUUGUUCAUUGUAGUUAAUCAGAAAGACGAUUCCCUCCCUACAAGUCGAUUUAAGCAAUAGGAGCCUGUUGUUGGUUUUGUAAUAAAAUAAAAAUACACGAGUAGGUAUAAAAACAUAAUAAAUAACGAUUUUCAUCAUCAUAUAUUAGAAGUAUUUUUUAUUUUAUAAUUUUAUAUACAUAAUUUAAAUAAAUAAAUUUAAAAAAAAUGCAAUAAAAAUUAUUUUGUUUUUUAAAA